AUGUUUCAAAUACAAAGAUACGAUUCUGAAUCAGAUUCAACGCCGGAUACUUCUAAUACUGGAAAUGAACUGUUAACCAAAAUCAAUGAGCGUGUUCUACUCAAGAGAAAACGAUCAUCGAAAAUACAUGAAGAAAAAACCACUGCGUAUGUUGAAGUCCCCCAAGAAGCAGAUGAAAUUCAGAACACUGUAAAUGAAAAUUCAGAUGAACAUAUUUCGCCUCGAGAAUCUGAUUUGAAUGCACAGGGAGUGGAUAAUGAUGAUCAAGAUUUGCAAUACCCAACUGAAGACUUUGAAGAACAUGAUCUAUUACUCGCUCUUCCUGAGAUUGAGCAACCAGAGCAAACGCCACAAGAAGCAGCAGCCGUUAAGUUGUUGGGAAUACCAGAUUGGCUAGCCCAUCCUAUUAUUAUUGAACCGGAUGUGACACAAUCGAUUGACCAUCCCUCUUUAGGACUAUCGGAGCGGUUGGUUAAGCGUUGUAAAGCCUUAGGAAUUUACGAAUGUUUUGCAGUACAGACAGCGGUGAUUCCUUUGUUGGUGCGCUCUCGAAGCCUGUCAGAUGUCCACCAGUCACCUGGAGAUAUUUGCGUAUCUGCUCCGACCGGAAGUGGGAAAACGCUUGCAUAUGUGCUGCCAAUAAUUGAGGUCCUUUCCAAACGCAUAGUGACACGCUUAAGAGCACUUAUUAUUCUUCCAACAAGAGAUUUAGUAAUCCAAGUUAAAGAAACGUUUGAAGCCUUUUGCAAGGGGACGUCGCUUAAGGUUGGAGCUGUCACGGGUCAACGUGCUUUUGUUCAUGACCAAGAGCAGAUAGUGGGCGACUUUCAAGAUCAUCGAUUAGGAGGAAAAAGUAAAGUUGACAUAUUGAUUGCUACCCCUGGUCGAUUGAUUGAGCAUAUUACAUUAACCCCGAAUUUUACAUUACAACACUUGCGGUUUCUGAUUAUUGACGAGGCGGAUCGGUUACUAAAUCAAAGCUACCAAGAUUGGUUAAUGCAUGUUCUUAGAGCCACUCAAGCAGGAAUAACAAGCCAGAAUAAAAAAGACAUUUUUGGUAUAGAAUUGGAUUCUUUCGAGAUACCAAAAAAUGAUCCAGUAUCUUAUUUGUUAAUGGAGAAUUUUAUGCCUGUUCCCAAAACUGAAAUUUCUGAGACAAAAGUGCCAACGGUAUUGGAUUUUGAAUUUAUUCAAAAACUUUUAUUCUCGGCAACUCUUACACGAAAUCCAGAAAAGAUUGCGAGUCUUCGUUUGAUAAACCCACAGUACAUCUCUGUGCAGGCAUCUGACUUCAGCGAAGUCGAAAUAAAAUAUACCCUUCCGAGCAGUUUAAGAGAAUUUAUGAUAGUUACUUCACCGACCGAAAAGCCCCUUGUAGUUCUUUACCUUCUUCAUAAUUUUAAUAUAUCGUCAGCACUUUGUUUCACCAAAUCUGUAGAUUCUGCCCAUAGACUUGCUAAGUUGAUUCAACUAUUUGAAAAUAUGUAUGCACAAACAAAGGAAUCUAUUUCAACACAUGAUGUAAACAUGGACGAAGCAAUUAAUCAGAAAGAGGAAAAUUCCGUGAUCACCGUGGCCGAGUAUUCUAGCGAUUUGUCUCAAGAGAGAAGAAAAAAUAUCCUUAAAAAGUUUAAACGAGGAGAAGUUAGAUUACUCAUCUGCUCCGAUUUAAUCGCGCGAGGUAUGGAUUUGGAUCGUGUGGACACAGUAAUUAAUUACGACGUCCCUGUAUACAUGAAAAAAUAUGUGCAUCGUGUCGGAAGAACAGCCAGAGCUGGUCGUCGAGGAGAUGCUUAUAGCCUUGUAGAGACUCAGGAGGCAAAUUAUUUCAGGGGAAUGCUAUCAAAAGCUGGGCACAUGGAUAAGGUCAAAAACAUCAAAAUAAAUUCGACAAAAUUGGAUCCCUUGAAGGAAGUUUAUGGGAAAUCUAUGAGUGCGUUUAAAGAUUAUAUGACAAACCCAAAACCAUCAGUGGCGAGAUAUCAGGAAAACGUUUCGAAUUCAAUGAGAAUUGCAAAUGAGAUUCAGGAAAUUGUACUUGAUGACGAAGCAAUGGUUGAAUGA